AAAUGUCGAUAUCGUGUCUUAUCGAAAUUUAUCGAUGUCAACUCUGGGCCCUACGUAGGUAAGUAACAUAUGUUAUGUAGAUAACUACGGAUUUAACGGAAAUUUAAAAAAAAUUAAAACAACUUUUUUUAACUAACAGAAAUACAGUUUUGUUUAACAAAGUAGUCGGGGAUUUUCCUUUCUUUUUAAACUUAGCUUUCGUUGAUAGUUGCUUAAUUGUCAUGAACAAUACUGAGCGAAUUAAUUGUCUAGAGCUAUUUGUUUUCCUUUUUGAAUACGAAGGAUAAUGGCGCUUGACCCUUUAAUCAUGGAGGUGCACCAAAAGCGUGCGGUGAAGUUUCUGUUGGUUUCUUGGGCCAGGAUCCUCAUAGUGUCCAGCUUCCUGGCGGAGGCCUUGUACACCUACAGCCACUGGCACCUGCAACGGAGUUCGCUGAGCAUGACCUGGCACUGUGGCUACUUGGUGGCUGGGAUCUUCAUCAGCCUUCUGGCGACGGCGCAACUGAUUGCCUCCCUGCUAAUUGUGGUAAACAGGCAGAUACGUGUGGCCACGGGAAUCCUGUGGCUGGCGGCCCAUCUGCAUAUGGCCGCCACUCCGGCGUUGUGGAGCCUCCCCAAGUACAUGGAGUUGUGCGGUAUUAUCAGCGCCCUCCUGCUGAUCAUGCUGAAGUCCCAACGCCACGCUGUUGUCGCGUUUAUGCUGAUCACCUACCUGAACUGCAAAGAGCUGGAGCGCUUCCUGUGGCACAUCCUUUACAAGUAUGUCCUGAAGCUCCUGCUGGUACUCAUUAUGGUAGGCUUCCGGCUGAAGCUCUCCGCCGGACUGUUGAUCGCCCUGAUGGCCAUCCACUGCCUGGAUACCCACGUCUGGCGAAAAGAUGCCUUCGUGGAUUACAUAAUAUCCACAGGGGACGUGCGACGCUUCCACUUUUGGCAAAAGGUCUCCGUAGCCGGGGGACUGGUGCUCACUACCGUAAAUAGGCGAAAUCGCCAUCUCACGUUGUAAACUGUCAACCCGGGCAAGGAUCAGACGA